AUCCAGUUGUGUCUUCCGGGUGUAGCCGGCUCCUCCACAUCGUCCUGGGGAUCCUGACCAGGAUUUACAGAACAGUCAGUCGCUAACACCUCCGCGUGGGCGUGACCGACCGGCUUGCCUCCAUAACAGCCACUAAGCAACCACCAAACCAGCAGGUCAGUCAGCACUGACUGCAAGUCAUCCUGACUAUAUAUUUUUAUAGCCGACUGUUAUCCAGCAGUUACAGUAGCAGUCGGUCACACAGUGAAUACACUUGCUUGCUGUGACGUUUGACGUUUCGUGGCAGACACCGAUUAGCAACUUGUUAGCUCCUUGGCGAAAGCCACAUGGAUCCUCAAAACACCAACAUGAACACUGAGGCGAAGAUGUUAAACCACGCCAAGACUCUCCGGCUGCACACCGGGAAUUUGGUCAACCGAAGCCGCCUGAAAAAGAAGUGUCCGUCAUCUCCCAGCGAAGAGCUUCAAGACUGCAUUCAAGCCACACUGAGCGAUUGGUUUUCCACAGCAAAAUCGUCAGCAAAGGAAUUUCCAGAUACACUUGACUGCUCCAUUCCCCAGGACACAGAUGCUAUCACACCUGAAGAAAGGGAGGAACUAAAGGUUUCAGUCAAGCUGUUCCUGUGUGAGUCGGUUCAGUCCUCUAUCAGAGAUGCCGUGGAGAUGGCCUGCCAGACGCUGGCAGUGUCCCAGCUCGACUCUGUUAUCAUAGCGCCACCUGGGCCCCUGGAGGGUGACAGCCAAACUUUGGCUCAGCUUCAGCCAGCCUGGGAGGAGCUAGAGGCUUUGGUUAGGAGCCAACGGAUUGCAGCUAUUGGCACCUCUGACCUGGACAAAGAUCUGCUGGAACAGCUCUACAACUGGGCUCAGGUGAAGCCCAGCAGUAACCAGGUCAACCUGGCCUCCUGCUGUGUGAUGCCUCCUGACCUGACAGCCUUCGCUAAGGAGUUCGACAUCCAGCUGCUGACACACAACGAUCCCAAAGAGCUGCUGUCAGCGGCCACCUUCCAGGAGGCGGUGCAGGAGGGAACGCAGGACCAGAACAUUGCUGAUUGGAGGCUGGAGUGGGUCCUGCGCUACUCCAUUAUUGUCAAGAGCAGGGGCAUCAUCAAGGCUAAGGGCUACCUCGUCAGUGCGAGAAAGGCAAGCCCCUAGCACACCCUACAAGUGAAGAAGACACAUGGAUGAAGCCAUUUUCUUCCAUUUUCAUUCACACACAACAUGCAAAGUAGCAGCUCUGAAUAAUGGAUGGUGCCACUCACCAUGAGUCUUGCAUUCAUUGUUUUAUCUUAAACAGAUUAAGUUAGCUUCUUUAUCAUCUAUGAUUUUUCCAGUUAAGCAGAUGCAGGUAUUUAUUACCAUCAUCUCAGUGAGAUCAAAAGUAGGAGAUGAAAAUGCAAGAUCCACUUUGGGUCAGUUUUAAGUUUCACAGGUGGUGGGUCUUCAGUGAUACGUACAAUGACUGGUCAGCCUUUUAUCAACACAAGAGAGUCUGCUCUAAUGGAAUGGAAAAUGUCAGUUGCUAAACUUUUGAUCCAAGAAGAAGGUCCCUUAACCUUGUUCUGACUUGAAGUGCCUCUCAUCUUUUGCUCCCCUUGUCCUCAUUCCUGCUUUUUCUCCACUUUGUCCAUGUGAAUUGAGCUUUAAAUGUAUCGGUCUGAGGGGAAACAUUACGAAUCAGUAAGGCAAAAAAAAAAAAAAAAAAACAGUAGAGAAUUGUUUAUAUUGUCUUUGGUACAAAACGACUCCAAACAUUCUUAAAGGGUAAAAAUGGGAUGGAAAUUCUGAAGAAAAUCUGGUUUUAUUCUUGCAAUUUGAUUUUUUUCAGCUGUAUAUAAACACUCUUUGCAUUCCUUAAUUAAGUAAAAUGAUGCACUAAUUAAAUUGCAACCCAUGAGAUGUUUAUUUUAUGAUGCUGAUGAAUUAGACUUUAACUGGUAAAGCAGUAAAAUGUGAGUAUUAUAUAACUUUAUUUUAUCAGUUUUUUUCUAACCACGCGCUGUUUUUGACAUUUGAUUGAAAUGCUGAUGAGAUUAAAUUCUAAUGUGGAGAGUACAGUAUUUUGAGAUAUUUUGACAUGACUAGCAGGCUCACAUAUUGUAUUGCUGUAGUAGUGCUGGAAAGCCUGCCAGGCCGAUGUGAAGGCUUCUGAAGAAGAAGGUUCUUAUUUAAGAAUCAUGGCUGAUUUUCCCAGACAGGAUCCAGUUACUCUCAUGAUGUACUGUUCUCAUCUGAUGUACUGUAAACAUAUUUAAUAUUGUCAUAUGGCUGUAUAUCAUGAAUUGGCUUUAUUAAAAUUAUGAAGCAGA